ACAGAUUUUAUUGAUAUCAAGCAUGAGUGCAAGUAAACAUUGAUCACUUUUAGUUGAUAUUUUGCAAGCUCUGUGAUCUUAGUUUGAAAUAAGUUCUGCACGACCUACCAUCUACUAUGACAUUGCACCGAAGACUAACGUUUUUUGUGGGUUUAGAGCAAACAAAAAAUGAGAAAUAAAGGAAGAAGGACAAUCACUAAUUGUGCCCAUAAAACAAACAUAUGGUAAUUUAGUCUUGACUUAGUAAUUGCUUACGUGUUGUUAAGAGAUCGUGUACCAUGUGAUAAGUAAUCAAAUACAAUUACAUAUAGUAAUCGCAUAACAUGUGAUGUGCGAUCAAUUUUCAUGUUGAGCUAUGAGAUUACUUGAUGUUGAACAUAACGUUAGGUACAUGAUCGCUAGCAUGCAAUAUAGUGAUCACUUUUCACAGGAAUGUGAUCAUUGACAUCUAUUUAGCAAUCACUACGCACAAACACAUUGGUACACGAUCUUUCAUCUAUGGUUAGUAAUUGAGUUAACUCUUAGUUGUAUGUGAUUGUUAAGUCUAUGACUAAAUAUACCCUUUGAUCAUUUUAUGAUUAAAGAUGAAUGACUGUCCUCUUUCUUUAUACCUUAUUUUUCGCCUCUGCUCUAAACCCUAAACCAAAAUUUGUACACAAAGUAAGUAAAAAUAAUCAAUGUCUACUUUUUUUUCACAAUUAAUACCAAUGCAAUAGCAUUGAGUGGUGAAUGGUAGAAUAGUGGUUGUUGAAGAGGAAGAAGAAAGAAAGGCAUAGGAGAUAGUGAGAGUGAUGCCUUUAAUUUUGAGGGCAAAUUUGGUAUUUCAAAACAUAUUUUCUACAAAAAGAAUAUGUCAAUUUAUAAUGUGUUUUGACUCAAUUGUUUAAUUUAAAAAAUACGUCAUUUUAAAAAAAAAAAUAAUAAAACAAUUAAAAGUUAUUCAAGAUAAUUUUAAAAUUUAUUUAUUGAAAAAAUUUAAAUAAAAAUAAAGUUUUUAGAGAUAUUUUCAAAAUAAAAAAUAUUAAAUAUAAGAAAAUAGAGUAAUUAAAACCUACUCAAAAUCCAUCAAACUUACAAUUUUCCUAUGUUCUUUAUUUAAAACACUGCUCAUAAAACAUUAGAUUAAAUAUAGAAAAAGGUUAUAUUAAAAAUUCAACUUUAUUUUAAUAUUUUUUAUAGAAACUAAUUUAAAACACACCUCAAACAUUAUUUUUGAAAACAUUUACAUUUAAAUUUUAUUCAAAAUAAUUUUUUUUUUACAAUAUUUCAAAUUUUAUUUCCAACACAUACUUAAUAAAUUAAUGCAGUCGAUCUUAGAAUUUCAUUUUUUUAUUUUGGCCGGUUUUAAACUAAAAAAAAAAAGACAUUUUGUCUAAAUCCUAAUGGAUUAUCGGAGAGACACGAAGCCAACGAGUCAUCUCAAGGAGACGUACCUGUCGCGAUAACUCAGCGGCUUCUCUUCUUCGUGUCAUCAUAUUCGCCUAAUACACCAAUUCCAAAACCCAAUCCGUCGUCUCCAAUAUUAAUUACGAGAUACAGAGAUCGUGCUUGAGUGAAGGGAAUCAACAAUGGCGAAGAGCAAAGACGAUAUAACAUACGGUGCUGCUCAAGCUAAAUUAUCCGAAGACGAAGCCCUAAGAGUCGCCUACAAGCACGGUACGCCGCUUGAAUCUGGGAAAAUUUCGGACUCCGAUACUGUCGAUCUUUUUUCCAGUGCACACAAAAUUGCUGGAGAUACUUCUGGCGCUCAUUCUUCCGCGGCCGCUGCUCAAUCGAUUUCAUCCAAUCAGGUGCAUCGCGGUGGCGAUGCUAAUGAUGAAGAAGCUGGAACGGGAUGUGAUACUGCCGAUCCUUCCGCCGGGCGCCGGUUCGGUUGAAUCGGAGCGGCGAGAUGAAUGCCCCUGUUUGCGCUAGCUUAAGGACUCACUACUCUUUUAGGUUUAGCAGGCAGAAGUAAUAAGUUUGUACUUUGUAAGGAUAUACGUUGGAGAAUUUAUAUGAAUUCCGUUAGGAUAGAAACUCAAGUUAGUGAUUUUUGCCAAACUCUUCUUCAUUAGUGUGUUCUUUCAAGUUUCCACAUUUCUUCAUAAA